AUGAUUCUCAACCUGGGCCUUCUGCAGCUGCUCGUGCUGCCGCCGGUGCUGCUACUCGUGUCAGGCUUGGCGCUCUUCAACUUCCAGAACGUUUUCCGAUUUCUAGCUUUGAAUCUCAAGAGUUACCUGACGAUCCCGGCCGUGCAAGUGCUCAAACCCUAUGCCGACAAGCUGCGCUACGCUCUGGAGCAAGUGCUGGGCAAAGCGGCGUCGUUCAAGUUCAAUGUCUCGCACGUACUCAUGAUGGCGGUGGUAAUCAUGUUGAUGGCUGUCUUUGAGGCCAUCCAAAAGAACAACCAGCUGCAGGAGCAGCAGCUCAAGCUGCGUCUAAAGAGCAAGCGCGCGUAG